AACGUUUCAGAAACAUGGGGAUAACGCAAUUCGUUCAUUUCGCAUUUUUGCUAUUGAUGUUGCUUAUCGGAAUUGGGAGGAAAUGCUCAGCAGAUGUCAUCCGCAGUAUUGACUUCCCACUCCAUGCUUCACAGACCUCCGUUUUGACAUCAACAAAUCAGAGCCCAGAUGGAGUGCAUUUGUUAUGUAACAUACAAAACCUAGUUUCCGGUUCGCGAGACACAAAGGACGACAGUGGAUACAAUUUCUUACAUUGUAAGAUGAUUGAGACACCAACGACAACCUCACCAAUUACGACAUCUCAACAGGUGGAUACCACCGUGGACGAUCGGUACAAAGACACUCAGUUUCUUGAACUUCCUAAUGUUGGUGCUUCUACGAGCCGGAAUAAUUGCUCAAUUGAUAUAUCAGAAAAUGAUGUCCAUAAGUAUAUGUAUAUGAUAUCUGAACAAGGCUUGAAAGUCGUCCGCGUUAUUAUACGGACAGAUAAUAAAACUGAACCUACCUACUCAGUAGUUUGGGUAGCAGAUGCUAAAGCACACUAUCUCAUGAACAAUUUAUUAUGGUAUCGUCUGUUUUCUUUGAUUCCAAUUUCACUAAGCCAAUCAGAUAUCAUCAUUCAUUCAAAGGUAACUGGACACUGUGAAGACCCGGAUGUCAUGAAGAAGAACAUACAAACUGCUCUGAAAAAUAAAAUUCAGGGGCUGAUAUUUGCAAAUAUGUCCUACUCAACCUAUGGAAGCAGUCUCAUGUGUUUUACAAGAACUGAUAUUAGACAUGCGUCUGAGGAUAUCGAUAAUGAAUACUCUAAAACGUACACAUUAUUCUCUUCUGGAACGUCGGAAGAAAUCAUUUGCUGUCCCAUUAUUAUGAGAGAUGACAGUCAAUGCUACAUAUACCCACGGACUCCGAAAAUGGUACAUAUUUAUAGAAUCCUACUAUACAUCAUCUGGUGGGUGAUCAUUUUCCCUAUCGUCGUCUUGAUUCCGUUCCACGUGGCGUAUUGUAAGGUAAACGCUGAUGGGGAGAUGACAGAUGAAGGGAUGUAUUAUAAGAUCAAUGACAUCAGAGCAAUGUUGCUUAGUGUCCUUUGUGAAUCACGGGCCUUUCAGGUAGUUGUCUUUGGACUUGUCAUUGUAGCCAUCAACAUGAAGGUAUUAACGGAAUACCAUUUUGCAGAUAUUCCCGGUUGGGCCUAUCUCACCCAUUUUAUUCUCCUCUCGUUGUUCCCUAUCAUAAAACUUAUAUGGGAAAAGGUUGGCACCGAUCUGGAUUUUGAUCCAUAUGAAAACGAUGGUCUUGAGGACUUGUCAGUGAAAAGGAGGAAGAUGAAAAGGGUGUAUAAGCAUCUCCGGACAGACACGCUUUUCGGACUGGUAGAACUACCAACUGAAUGCCAACUUGGAGAUGCCGUAACGCCGCUUGGAACCGCCAUUGCAGACAAAGUGUUUUAUAGGGCGCGGUUACUCUUAGAUGAUGCAUAUUGGAGGUUUUGUUGCGUUGAACUGUUUCAAGAAAAAACGAAUAAAGUGAACAGAUGUGUGACAAUUCUACUGAAAAUCCUAACGGGAUGCAUUAUGGUAUUUGCUGCCAUAUUAAAUGCUCUUCCAGUAACUGCAAUUGUCUCAACUGCAAUUGUAUUACUCCGGCGACAGAGACACCUCAGUCGUAAAUGGCGUAUGCUAAUUUGUAUCGCCCCGUUUGUCGGACUUUAUCUGGUAUUCGUCCAUUAUACAAUACUGCAAUUUUUCUUUCACACAACCUCGAUACCCUUACUCGAUACCUCGACUUUCCCAAUUUUGAUGACGUAUAUAUUCAUCUUUCACAAUACAUGGGAGUCAUUUAGCCAGAUGAGAGAGAAGUUUGCAAAGAUGAUACUUUUAGCUGCAGACGAGCAACAGAAAUGUCUAAUGCAUCCUCUUGAUGAGAACAGCGGUGGGCUCUUGGAAUUCAUUGACCCGAGUAACACCAAUGAGCAUCUUGGACUGGCCUCUGUUGAGGGGCUACUACCAAAUCUUGAAUUUUCCCCAUUUAGUAAUGAAAAUGAUGUCAGACCACUACUAACAACAGAAAGUAACGUUAGCAACAAACAGAAUAUUGAAGAAAAACCAAGAAGAAGAGGCGUCAACGAAAAGGAAAGCGACUCUCAUGGAAUGUUAUCUGAUAGUGUUUUCGGGUCGGACAUACAUCCUGGGAAAAUAAACAAUAACAACAACAACAAUAUCCCGAAUGAAGGUGGAAGUUCUUGUGAAAACGAAAAUAGAAAUAACAGUAAUGGAAAUACAGAUCCUGAAAUGGAAUCGAAGUCGACAUGGGAUCCAGAUACUCCAAAUGUAUCAUUCUCUCUUGACUUUACGAAUCCUGAAAACAACGAUGGUGUUCCUGAAAGUGACACAUUAGGUGAUGGUAACAGGCCUGAAGGGACAGGGCUAAUUGAUGAGUUCAAGCUUGUGCAGUCUGAUGGCACCUGUUUCUAUAUUAAAACUGACUUCUUUCAUAAGCUGCAUAAUGCUCUCUACCCACUCACAGUCAUUGCUCAAGAGAUGUCCCGAGAUUUGACAACCUUAGUUACGCUUCUGGGCAUUCUGGAGUACUUUCUGAGGGAAUAUGCUCCGUUCACCCCAUGCUGUAUGUUUAUUCUUAUAUUCCUGGUUAUCAUAGCUAUAAAGGUUAUUACUAUGCUUCAUAAGAUGUCACGGAAGUAUCCACCGGAAUGGCGAAUACAUAUAAGAGAAAUGGUGCAUCACUUUUAUUCUCAUAUUUGGGCUAUAAAGAGAAGAUUUGGAGCAAGGAGGAGACGCUUGGUGCAACCGAGAAAUAUUGAAUCUGCAAUCAAGCCUGCAGUGAUUAUCCCUCCCUUACCUCGAGUGACGCUCGUUGAUGACAAUGACCCAACGCCUAAGUUUAACCCUCGACCCGAUCCCCAGGUUAUUGUUGUCAAUCCAAAGAAAGAUGCUGAUCCUAAAACACCAAGUGAUCCAAUUAAACCUAAGGACAAACAAACAACAAUAAUAACCCAUCCAAAAGGAGAUGUCAUCCCACAGAAGACUCCAACUCGCGAUGUCUUACCCAAAACAAUUCCUACUCGUGAACUUACACCACCUGCAAAUCCAACUCGCACUACCACAAAUCCUAUUCGUGACGUUGGUCCGCAAACUAAGCCUAUUCGUGAAGUCACCCCACCUAAAAGCCCAACUGGCAAUCUUGUUCCUAAAAGAUAUCCCGUUCCAGAUACUACCCCACAAACAAAACCUACUACGGUGCCAGUCAAAACGGUACCCGAUAAUUUACCAAAGGCAAAAGAAGAAGAUGCGAAACCGUCAAGAGAACCAAUACGAGUAACCCUGCCCGGUGAUAGGUCUAACACCACUGGGUCUAGAGAGUUCAACAGGACUGUAAGUGAGACGCAUUCCGAAGGAGAUGGCUAUCAGUUUAAAAGUAAGGAAAUCAAGCAAAGAACAAGAAUAAGAAUGAAUCGUGAAGUUGUUACACAUAGUCCAUCUGCACCUCAAUUGAGGCUAUACAAACAUUUUGAAUGACAUGUCUAUGUUCUUAGAGUAAGAGGGCAUUCGAUAUUCGGACAUGUUUACAUUUUAGAGCUAGAGGCAACAUUACGAUGAAAUUGAAGAAAAAUACUUGAAAGUGUCAUCUGUGAUAUCAUAGUGCAUUUUGGCUGGACAAUCAAGACUUAUCGAUGGUCCUCAAUAAUGUGGUAUAACGCUCCAUACUGAUUAUAUGUAGUUACUGUCCCAUUGUAUUAUCAAAGCACUUGUAAAUACAUUACAUGAUGAAAUAAACAAAUGGUGCAUGCAUUUCAAUAUAGUGUUACAGUUGAUAAGUACAACAUAAUGACACGCGAU